UCGGUGACAUCAGAGGAAUGACGUUACUCCACAGCGCCGCUCUCCUGUGCAUUCUGUCUAUUGCAGCAGCUCAGGGCUUCAUUUCCAACAGAAAUAUCGCCCUGCAGGGUCGUGCGACACAAUCCACCAUAUACAGCGGGAUCACCGCGGCCAUAAAUGCCAUUGAUGGGAAUCUGAACUCUAAUUUUAACCAUGGAUCCUGCUCCUGCACCAAUGGGCAAGUGUCUCCCUGGUGGAGGGUGGACCUGCUAAGACCCUACAAAGUCUCCCACAUCAUCGUGACCAACAGAGGGGACUGCUGCGGAGAGAGGCUGAUCGGAGCCAAAAUCCUGGUCGGGAACUCCAUGGAAAAUGACGGCAACAAUAACCCAACCUGUGCAGAAAUCAUGUCUAUAACCAACGGCGAAACCAAGACCUUCCAGUGCAACAACAUGGUCGGCCAAUACGUCAACAUCAUCGUACCAGGAAAGAACACCUACCUCCAACUGUGCGAGGUCCAGGUCUAUGGGGAGCCUGAAUCUACUGAUCACCAAUUGAUCAGCGACAUCAGAGGAAUGACGUUACUCCACAGCGCCGCCCUCCUGUGUAUUCUGUCUAUUGCAGCAGCUCAGGGCUUAAUUUCCAACAGAAAUAUCGCCCUGCAGGGUCGUGCGACACAAUCCACCAUAUACAGCGGGACCACCGCGGCCAUAAAUGCCAUCGAUGGGAAUCUGAACUCUAAUUUUAACCAUGGAUCCUGCUCCUGUACCAAUGGGCAAGUGUCUCCCUGGUGGAGGGUGGACCUGCUAAGACCCUACAAAGUCUCCCACAUCAUCGUGACCAACAGAGGGGACUGCUGCGGAGAGAGGCUGAUCGGAGCCAAAAUCCUGGUCGGGAACUCCAUGGAAAACGACGGCAACAAUAACCCAACCUGUGCAGAAAUCACGUCUAUAACCAACGGCGAAACCAAGACCUUCCAGUGCAACAACAUGGUCGGCCAAUACGUCAACAUCAUCGUACCAGGAAAGAACACCUACCUCCAACUGUGCGAGGUCCAGGUCUAUGGGGAGCCUGAAUCUACUGAUCACCAUUUACAAUGCCCGUUCUUCUAUCAGUUUACAAUGUCCGUUCUUCUAUCAGUUUACAAUGCCCGUUCUUCUAUCAGUUUACAAUGCCCGUUCUUCUAUCAGUUUACAAUGCCCGUUCUUCUAUCAGUUUACAAUGCCCGUUCUUCUAUCAGUUUACAAUGCCCGUUCUUCUAUCAGUUUACAAUGCCCGUUCUUCUAUCAGUUUACAAUGCCCGUUCUUCUAUCAGUUUACAAUGCCCGUUCUUCUAUCAGUUUACAAUGCCCGUUCUUCUAUCAGUUUACAAUGCCCGUUCUUCUAUCAGUUUACAAUGCCCGUUCUUCUAUCAGUUUACAAUGCCCGUUCUUCUAUCAGUUUACAAUGCCCGUUCUUCUAUCAGUUUACAAUGCCCGUUCUUCUAUCAGUUUACAAUGCCCGUUCUCCUACUAGGUUACAGUGCCGACACAGCAGUACAAAAUGUUGCACUUCGUGGACGUGCAACGCAAUCUACAAAUUAUGAGGGGCUCAGCGCUGCCAUCAAUGCCAUAGAUGGAAAUACGGAUCCCAUCUUCGCCCACGGGUCAUGUUUUUCUACCAAAGAUUUUGAGACUUCCCCCUGGUGGAGAGUAGAUUUAUUGGAAACGUAUCAAAUAUCACAUAUAACCAUCACCAACCGAGGGGACUGCUGCGCCGAUUACAUCAACGGGGCCGAAAUACUCAUUGGAGACUCACUGACCAAUAACGGGAAUAACAACCCAAGGAAUAUGCGCCAAUCUACUGGAAAAAAGGAUUUCUGGAGUGUUUGUAGUGGGGUUUUCGUUGACUGUGAUGAUGGUGCCCCAAUGCUUAUAGCCCUGCAGGACUCUGCUACGAACACCCCAGACAAAACCGAUGACCAAAUGGUUAUUGGACCAUUUUGGAUAAUUUUGGGUGGUUAA